UAAAAACAUUGAUCAAAUAUAUUCCAUUCAUCAGGAACUUGUUGUUAAGUAUCAAGAAAAAUAAUUCUUGCACUUAUUUUCUACUUGAUGAACAGGGAUUUUUCUCCCUUGCAAGCGUUUAGUGACACGGAAAUUACUGAACUUAUCCGAACGAAGACGCUGUGAGUCAUCCUCACUAGAUCUGUUGUCCCCAGAUUUAGCGAACUUUUGAACUUGCAAGACCACGAAAACCACCAUGGAGGGACUCUCUCACAUUCUACAUGUUCUUACAGUUGGACUUCUUCUCAUUAUUAUCCUCAUUUUCUGUGUGCUAACAGGAGGGUUUGGUCCUGAUCGCCUUGAGGGAUUUGACCCUUUCCUGGAGUAUGGGGAAAAGGUGACCAUACUGCUAUACAUUCUUAGGUUUCUAACAUUUGUUCCCAUCCCUCAAGCCAUGUUCAACUUUUGUGGACUUGUUAUGUUUAACACCCAUCCAGCAAAACCAAAGCUUAAGACAUCAACAUUGUUUGGACCAUUCAUAUGCAUCCGUGUAGUGACACGAGGGACAUUCCCUGAACUAGUAAAGAAAAAUGUUGAGCGGAAUAUUGAAGUAUGCUCCAGAAUAGGACUUGAUAAUUACAUUCUAGAAGUUGUUACGGACAAUACUGUGAACUUACCUAAGUCACCACGACUUCGUGAAGUCGUUGUUCCCACCAAGUACCAGACCAAAAACCACACUCUUUACAAGGCGAGAGCCCUAAACUACUGUUUAGAGCCAGGUGUUGAUAUGUUGACUGACAACGACUGGAUCGUUCAUUUAGAUGAAGAAACUCUACUCACUGAAUCAUCAGUAAUUGGCAUAGUGAACUUCAUCAAUGAUGGAACAUACAAGUUUGGGCAGGGGGUGAUCACAUACGCAAACGAGGAAAUAGUAAGUUGGAUUACAACCCUAGCUGAUCUAGUCAGGGUAGGAAUGGACUAUGGAAUGAUCCGAUUCUGCUUGAAAUAUCUCCACAAACCAGUAUUCAGUUGGAAAGGAAGCUUUAUUGUUUCUAAUGCUGCUGCGGAAAAGCAGAUCACCUAUGAUUUUGGAGUUGAGGGCAGCAUUGCUGAGGAUUGUUUCUUUGCUCUGACAGCUUGGAAGGAAGGCCAUCAGUUUGGAUUUGUUGAAGGGGAAAUGUGGGAAAAGAGUACGUUCUCAGCAAAAGACUACAUUUAUCAGCGUAAACGAUGGGUCCAGGGAAUCUACAAUGUGUUCUUUAGUUCACAGAUCUCGUACAGAUACAAGUAUGGCAUUACAUUAAUGCUGCUCUCAUGGGUUUCGAUGCCAUUCACUGUACCGAAUAUCGUAUUAGUGCCCCUUUUCCCGCUACCAAUGUGGCGCAGUGUAAACAUUCUGUGCGGGUUUAUGGGAGCUACUAUGUUAUUCCUGUUUAUAUUCGGUGCAAUUAAAUCAUUUUCUCCAAGAAGAAUGGGUUGGCCAAAAUAUGUGUUUUUGUGCUUUUUACCAAUUGUAAUAGUGCCAGUAUCCAUGGUUCUUGAAACCACUGGGGUUGUAUGGGCCCUUUGUACAGCCAAAAUGACUUCAUUCCACAUUGUGAACAAGCAGACAACGCUGCCAAAGCAGAUGACAGACCUGGAAUCCACCGCUGGAACAGUGCAGCAUGUGUGAUCUCAUCCACUGUUUCACUCAAAUCUUGGAAUGUCGUACCUAUGCUAUAUUACAGUGCAAAUAAAAUAAAUAUCAUGUCAUUUAUACUGUACAUGUAUGGUUUAUCAUUUAUCUUGCGAAGAAUGCUUUUGUUACAUAUAUGACACAGGUUUUUGUACAUGUAAGUUUUAAUAAUAAUGUUCAGUUAUUUUGAAUUAAAUAAAAAAUUUAACUUAAAAGCCUGGAACAUGGUAACGCUGCACAGUUAACCUUUUUACAUUUCUUAAGUAAUUUUAUCUUACUUGAUAACAGAAUAAUGAUUUAUUUAAGCUUCUUAGACAAUUUCCGAAAAAAAGUUCAUGAUAAAUUUAUUGCAAUAUUUGUUAAUGAUCAAUUUGUUAAAAGAAUACUUAAUGAGUAAUGUUAGAGAUUUUUGUUAAUCACUCAGUAUCUUUACUUUAUAUAAUGUUUUUCAGAAUCUACUUUUAAAGUCAUUAAGUGCAUGAAUGAUUAUCUAAAUUUUGCUGUUUUAAAAAGGUUGUUCUUUUUAUGUUGGCUUUGCAGAUCAGUGUUCAGUAUUAACUUACGUCUUUACUCUCGCUCAGCUAAAGUUAUCUGACUUUCUCUUAAAAAGUAAUGAACUUAGUAUUUCAUCAUCAUCGUCAUCAUCAUCAUCAUCAUCAUCAUCAUCAUCAUCAUUGUCGUCAUCAUCAUUACGGUAUUAAGGAUUUAUUAGUUUUUUAUUUAUAUUUUUACUUUUAAGCAAUGUUGCAUUUUCAGUAUUUCAAGUACAUAGUCAGGGUGUACAUCAAAAAUCAGUUUUAUUAUGAACUGGAUGAACAAAAGUAGAAUAGCAUUUGAACCCUUUUAAUUUAAUGAUUUCAUGAUUUCAUGAUUUCAUGAUUUCUUAAAUCGUUAUGUAUACUUGUUUUACCGAUCGUUUUUAGAAUAAUGCCUUUUUCAUCGCGACACAUGCCUUGAAUAUGGUUCUAAUCAACAGCUAAAAUAGUUUUAAUUUUCAUUUAUUUUAAACAGUUUUAAUUUCAUUUUUAAUAUAAAGUUGCAUUGUUUUCUUUAAUAAAUGUGUAGUGUUACUGGUUACACUUUUUAGAUGUUUCAGUUCUUUCAGAUAAGAAAUCAACUCAGCAUUGAACUUUUGCAUUGUUUCUGAGAAUGAUACAUUUAAUUAAGAUUCAUCUUUUUAACAAAACACAUAAUGUCAAUGGAGAAGAAGAUUAAUGAUUAAAAAAAAAACAAGACAGUAAACAUUAUCCAUAAACAAUUUAAAUGUGAAUAUCUGUAAGUAUAUUUGAAAUACUAAAUAGGAAGAAUAUAAGUAGUAAAUUAAGACAUGGCAUUUAGACAUGGCAUUUUUACUUUAAUUUUAAGUUGAUUUUUAGUGUUUUACAUGACUUUUGUAUAAUUGUCCACAGUUGUAAUGGUUAUAUUGUAUUUUAGUCCUGCUUAUUAUCAUAUGGUGGUUGUGUAAAGUUUAAAACAGGUCAUUGUUGCUUUUUAAGAUUUAAUUGGAUGUUUUGGUAAUGUUAUUUGUGAAUAUAUAAUAUUAGUGAACAAAAUUCUAUUAUUUCUUUGCCAUGCACACUGUCCAGAGAUGGCCAGAACUAUUACAGACAAUUUUGGUUUUUAAAACCAUUCCUGAAAAUUGUUUUCUGAAUCUACUUUAAAUAUAUUUGUAAACUCAAGGAUCUAAAGAUUUCAAUGCGGGUCAUAUGUUUUUUCUUGUUUCUAGUACCGGUACUUUACUUCUGCAUUUUUCCUUCCUGCAGUUGUAUGACUGAGCUAAAUAUACAGAUUAGAUAGCAUUAGUUGUAGGAAGAUAAAAUUCAGAACUUCCUAUAUACAUGUACAUUUACAUUUUACAAAUCACAUGUAUACAUCUGAUUAUGUGUAUGUCUAAAGACUCAACUCAUUAUUAUUUUAUUCAUACAAACAGUUAACAAAAGUAUCAACAAGUUAGAAUUCUCUAUGUAUGUAUGGUGAUCAAGAUUAAGUAACACAUGGUAAGAUUAUGUUAGAAUGCUUUUGCUAGUUGUUACUCUACAACAUUGAGUUCAUAGACAUUUAAGCUUGGAAAGAUAAGGGUGUAUGUUUGUACACUGUUAUUGGUGUUAUCUCCAGCCAGCUUUUAAGAGAUAUUUAAUCACCAAGUGUCAGCCAUGCUUUAGAGUAUUGAUUUUACUUAAGUUAUUGAAUUAGGGCUGCAAAGGUGAUCAGAAAACUGUUGGUCUAUUUUUAUCCUGCACAGAACUUUGAUACUCGAUGUUCAUGGUUGUAGUUUGUUCGAUUUGCUCUUAAGUGGAACUACCCUAUAACAUCACAUAUAUGGCCAAAAGCAUUGUUUUUGCAGAUUUUGUCAAAUAAACUUAUAACCGUAUUCAUUGCAGAUUUUGUCAAAUAAACUUAUAACCGUAUUCAUUUAGUUUUACAUGUACCGGUACUUUUUAACAAUCAAAAGAAAUUUUCUUGAAUGCUAGUCAGUCAGAAUUUUUGUACAUGAUAGUAUGCCUUAUUUUAUUUAAUGGUCAUAUAAGCAGUAUUGAUAUUAUAGUUGUUUAGGAACCCAUAAUUUUAGUUAUAAACUUUUGUUUGCUCUAACAAGUACAGUAUAAUUAAUAUUAAAAUCAUAUUUAUAAGUUUUAUACUGUAUACAAUGGUAACUAGAAAAUAUUUGUUUUUGUCUAGCAAUAUAUUAUAAUAGUUGUUGUGCCAUUAUAACAGUAACACGCAAAGAUUGCCAUUAUUACAGUUAUACGCAAAAACACCCAAUAGAUCUAACGAACUUCUUCUUGCCAUAGGUUUUGUAUUGAUAGUAAAUCUGUUUUAUGUUAAAUCUCUUUAUGUUAUGUAUAAAUAUUUAAGAUUUUUAACAAGUGAACUAUAAAAAUGAUAUAUUCAAAGUCUUAUUGUAAUGUUAUCAUUUGUUACGAAUAUUAAAUGAUUUUAGUUCGGAAUCUAAUUUUUAGAAUCUAAGUAUUGUAUGACUAAAAUAAUAAGAGCCAAAUGAAAUGAAGUCCUUUUAAUAAAAGCACUUUAUAUGUUUGAAAGUAUUAUCCAUUUUGAUAUAUUUUGUGUAUUAUGAACAUUAUUGGUGUUUUGAGUUCUGCCUGAUUUGUUUUCAUUAUAAGUGUUAGUGAUUCCCUUAUUGAAAAGGUUGCAUCUUUAUAGAUAGAUAUAUGACUGUGUUAUACUGAAAGCAUCAGAUCACAUUGUCAGCAUUAAAAAAAUGGCUUUAUGGUUUAUUAGUUACAUACAAACUUGGAUGUGCUUGUUGGUAUGUAAAACAUAUUGUUUUGUAUGUUUCAAGAUGAUAUUCUGUAGAUCCCUGUGUUCUGUCAAGACCAGUGCACAUAUAUUAUUAUGUUCUCCUUAUAAGUAAUUUGAUAGAUGUUGUAUUAAAAAAAUAAAAUUACAUGUG